CUGUUACCUGGCUGGCGCGUGUCUUGAUGGCCGCGCGCCAGCCGAGCAGGCAGCAGGCCACACCUCCGCCGCGCGCGCUGUCAAUAUAUAUCCGCCGAACUUUCACUUCGGGCCACACGCGCCGCACAGCUGUCGCUCUCCUGCGUGGUCUGCAGCCAUGAAGGGACUCCGGGGGAUUCUCCUGAUCGCUCUGAUUCACAGCGCUUAUGCCAGCCUGACUAUCAAGGGACCGAGCCAGCCCAUUCUGGAGGGGGACGGCCAGAUCCAGCUGGAGUGUUUGUUUUCGGAUCUCAACAGCAGCCAGGUCCACUUUGAGCUCUUCUUAAAGUACAGGGAGGAGUGGGUCCGCCUCGAUGACUACUAUUUUGGCUUUCGCUGUUUUCGCUACAGCUGGGACGUGGAGCGUGAGGAAGGCCGUCUUCUCUUGAGGUUGUUCCGUUCGUACAUCAACAGCUACAUGGAGGGCCCCUACCGCUGUGUGUACGAUGCCAACAGCUCCAUCCGUUUGGAGAACUCCACCACGUCUGAGACGCUGAGCCUCAAAGUGCAUUACAUGCGAAGGAUGAUGGUGUACAGGGGGGACAUGGGCCGCUACCUGGGUGCCGUGGAAAACCUCAAGGUGCCACUCGGGGCCAAUGUGGACCUAGAAUGUACUGCCACCUCAUCUGAGAGUCCGGAGUACUCCUGGCAGAGAAAGGAUGCCGCUUGGUACGAGUCGAGCAACGGACGUCUCAUGCUGAUGACCUCGGCGGCGGCCACGGCCCUCCUGGUGCUCAUCCUGACCAUGAGCGUGUUCAUGUGCCGCAGGGGCAAACAGGUCAAGAGCGGCAAGGGACCCAUUGAUGACCACUCCCAGAAGAAGCCCAUCUACAAAGCCAGUGUGGAGUCCCUGCCCUCCACCUGCGGAGACAAACAGCCACUGGUCUGAUUGUCCAGUGGAGGUGGAGAGAUGAGAAGGGAGGAGAGGGCGGGAGGGGGGGAAGGGCCGGGUGGCCAGAGAGCAAGGGAAUCGCAAAGAGGAUCCUGUAGAGAAAGGAAAUGGCAAAGGGUUAUGGAUGGUUACACCGAGGAUGAGUGGGGGGGGGUGUGAAGGAAAGCAGAGGGUGAGGGAUAGCAGGAGAUCUGAUGGUGGUGGUGGUGUUGGUGGUGGUGGGGGGGUCAAAAUCAAAAUCAGUAAUGAGCUGAAUGUAGGAGAGAAAAAAGGGAACCGGGACAAAUGAUUGUUUCACGGGGCUAGCGCCAUCCUUCCCUGCAGGUGGAACUGCAAGAUGUGCCUUGGACAAAAGGUGGGCAAUUUUCCCUUCAUUGAUUCCGCAACUCACAAAAUGGAGAUCCAUGCUCUGGGUAAAGGGGAGGUGGUGGUGGUGGUGGUGGUGGUGGUCGUAGGGGGGGGGGUGAGACUUGUGUACUGUAUGAGGCGCGGGGGAGAGUCGAAAGGCAAUUCACUCCUAACCUUGAACAGCGAAAACUCCUGAGCAGCACUUUUACAACCUUGGGCUUUUUGAACUAGUAAUGGCCUCUCUGUCGGAAAUUAUAAUUGCUUGGCCGCGUAUUACAAAUGAGCCGUUUUGCAGAUAAGUUUAUGGUUUUAGCUAUGUAGGGAAUUGUUAAUUUUUAGGGUUUGGGUUGUCUCUUUAAAAUUUGUAUUCCAGAGCAGAAGUAAUUCCAAGUAUUGAAGAGAGGACGCGUUUUCUUUUGUUUUUAUUAGUCUCGUAUAAUCUCUUAAAAAUGUCAGCGCUGAUGCACUCUGCACUUCAUUCACUGUGUUUUGGACUUUUCUAAUAAUAAAUUGCUUGAGAACCGUCCUGUUUACCGUC